AUGGCGUUACUUUGUAGUUAUGGUAACGGCCCAACUGGGACAAGGCAGGAAGUACAGGACCUCCAAUUAGCACGAAGAGGCUCUCAGUAUAAUACUAUUAAAACAAAAAGAACUCGUGCCUCAGGCGGCGACGGUAGAACAAAGCUGGCUACGAACGGUCAGAACGACGGUGCCGAGGACGCGAAGCACGCCAGACAUCACCACAACCUUCAGGUACGGUUUUCUGGUGUUUUAUGAAUUUGGUCAAAAAGUACAUAGAACUUUUAUUAUUUUUUUACUGUCUGCUUAUUUUUCCCCGCCUUUACGUGACUUUUAAUAUGUUAUUGUAGGUAAUGCUAUUUUUUGGUUGUCAUGAUACAGUAAAGGGAGUUCCAAUAUAUAACGUAUUAUAAACUUUAUGAAUUACUACAAAUCCUUAAAAUUGAAGCCGAUUUCAGGAUAAACAAGGAAAGACAUUGCUGAUACACAAUUGCAUCAAAGGCUCUUUCAGCACGGUCGAAGAGCUAGCGGCCGAUCCUAACAUCGACCCAAAUAUCCCUGACAAUGAAGGAAACACAGCUCUCAUCCAUGCUGCCGCUGCAGGUAAGUAGUGCAACAGUUUUGAUUAAAAAUGGAUACAAUCUUUUGUUUUUUAUUGAAAUUGAAGAGAAUAUCAAUAUAAACUAACAGAACUGUGUUUUAGGCAACGCGAAGGUGUUACAAGUUCUGAUCGACAGGUUUCCCAAACUAAAGAUCGACCAAGUCAACAAAUUAGGUCAGUCCGCUCUGAUGAAGUCGGCCAUCCAAGGAAGAGAGAAUUGUGCUAGAAUAUUGUUAAAGGCAGGCAAGUUUUACCUUUGGUUUCUUCACCAUACGUUUACUAAAACAUUGGUUAUUUUCACAAAGCUCUUUAAAUUAUUUGAUUGCAAAUGUGACAAAACUAUUUUAUUAGGUCGUUCACUUAACAAUAAGACCUCUAAAUUAACCAAAAAUUGAAAUUAAAAAUAUUUACUCGAAAAUCAAUAAGUGGCGAUUCGUCGCAAAUAUUUUGAGGUAAUAUAAUUGCGUGACCUGUAGUUAAAUAGGAGUUAAUUUAAGGAGCGGACCCGUACAAGCGGGACUACGGCCGGCAGUUCUGUGCCCUGGAAUGGGCCGAGUACGUGGGACGUACUGAGUGUGCACAGACGAUCGCCCACUUCAUGCUGGAGCCGAAUCAGAAGGCGCCGGACAAGAAGCUCUCGGCCGCCUCCAACAACUUGAAGCAGGUCGCGUGUUUGGUGGCGAUCCCUCUGAUCGGCGGUGAUAUGCCGGUGAUCGCACGUCCUCGAGUCCGAUCUGCACCACCAGUACCAGCCGUCAAGAUCACUCCGUCCGAUGGUAUGUUCUCGGUGAAUCAUCACAAGAAGGCGGCCCGCUCCAUUUCGCGGCCCACUACUUCGCUCGCCUAG